UUUCCCAAUGCAUCACCUCAAAAAUAAAAAAAAUAUAUAUAUAUUUUUUUCAAAAUAAAAAAAAAAAAAAGAGUUCUGAAAUUAAAAAUUCCAAUAACAAACGCGACCAUUGACCGCUUUUCCCCUUCCAACAAUGGUCCAUUUACUUCCAAAUCCCCUCCGAGUAUCAUCGCACCUCCGCUCGGAGCCACCGCGCACGGCGGUUCCGACGAGAUCGAAGUUCCGCGCGCUCUGGAGAUAUGGAGGAGAGAUUAAGGUUAGAUCGGCGGUGGUUGUGCGGUGCAGUAGUGAUUAUUCGAGUCCGAUCACGGCGGCGGUGGCGACGGAGGAGGAAUUGAUCAGAGUAUCGGAAGAAAUGGGUGAGAAUGAGUAUUUGGCUAGAGAAUUUGGAUGGAAGGUGAGAAAAUUGAUUGAAGAAGAAGAUGAUUUGAGAGCAGUUGCAAGAAUUCAAGCCGAAGCGUUUCAUGAACCUGUUCUUCUUUUCAACCAUUUUUUCUUCCAAAUUUUCCAGGCAGAAGUGCUUUCAGCAUUGAUUUAUAGAUUGAAAAAUUAUCCUACAGAGAGGUAUGCUUGUUUGGUUGCGGAACCAGAGAGUGAAAUUGGUGAAGAAGAAUACAAUUUUGUGGGAGUGGUGGACGUGACGGUGGCCGGAGAUUUGAAAGUAAAGCGUCUCCUUCCCCCCGGCGUGAAGGAGUAUCUCUUUGUAACUGGAAUUGCCGUCGCACAAAAUGCCAGAAGACGAAAAGUAGCAACAACAUUAUUAAAGGGGUGUGACAUGCUUGGUAAGGUUUGGGGAUUCAAGUUUUUGGCAUUAAGUGCAUAUGAAGAUGAUUAUGGGGCUCGUAAUUUGUAUAGUAAAGCAGGCUAUCAAGUUUACUAUGUUGACCCUCUUUGGAAAUCUACUUGGAUUGGAAGAAAACGUUGUGUUACUAUGAUUAAAAAGCUCUAGUUUCAUUUUCAUUAA